CUUUUUGAUACAUUGAAGGCCAGGUGACUGUGAAAUAAAAAUUUUAUUAUAUUGUUUAUAUGGAGUUUUUUAUGGGACUGGUUUCGUGAGACAUUGUUUAGUUUGUAUGUAAAUAAACAUAAAGGACUUUUGAGUAGUAGCUAUUUAUCUUUGUGGGUAUUCCUACAAUGGAUGCAUCAGAGACUAAUUAUCCUCCAGGUGAUCCGAGGUUAAUAGAUAAAAUAGUAUAUCAACUGAAGUCUCAAGGCAUUUUUGAUCAGUUCCGAAAAGAAUGCAUGGCCGAUGUGGAUACAAAGCCAGCCUACCAGAAUCUUCAUCAGAGAGUGGAGGCAUCCGUAUCCACUUUCUUGGCUGGCGUAGAAUGGAAGCCAGAUCUCAGCAAAAAUCAGCUGAGAGAAAACCUCCGUAAACAUAUCAAUGAGUCCGGAUUCCUGGAGAUUGGCGUGGAGAGGAUCGUGGACCAGGUGGUGAACCCCAAGAUCAGGACGGUGUUCCUGCCGCACGUGGAGGAAGUGGUGUACAGCUUCCUGGGCUUGGAGCGGCCGAGGCAGACCAAGCCCGUCACCAACACCAGCAUGUUCAAGUCUCAAAUGAAUGAUCCACCAUCUUAUGAAGAGAGCAAACAGUCAGAAACAAAGAUGUCGCCUCUGUCAGCUUUGCUGCCCCAGGACCUAAAAUCUGUGUCCCCUGAGAGUGAUACGUGUGAGCUAACACUGAAGCACCAAGAAACUGUUGAAAUGGAGUUUUCAGAUGGAGGAACUUUUGCAAAGGACAGGAAGGUGGAAGAAGAUACGUCACCUGCUUUUGAGCCCCUUUUGGACGAGAACUCGAACGGCAGUCACAUAUCAGGUAUGUCCGGGUUCAGCAGCCAUGACGAAGGUCAGCUGAGUCCCACACAGCAAAGCGUUUCUCAAGCUGCCACCACGCCGGACAAGACUUCUCAACUGGACCGGGUAGAGAAGAUGGAGGUGGAGACGAGCUGUAAGGGUGAGUCAGAGACAGGGGCGGAUAAAGUGAGCUCUACCGUGGAGGAAAAUGUGCUCAGUCCAGCGCAAGUCUUGACCCACAACAUGAGUGCUCUCGAGAUACAGGAGCCAGUGCUCCCUGGGGACAGGCUGGCUGUGGCAAAGGACGAGAAGUGUGACAGCAGUAUGGACAUUGUGAGGAAUGAAAAAAACAAGGAAAGUGAUAAAGAAAAGGAUUCCAGAAAGAGAGAGAAGACUGAUGGAAAGUCGAGCAAGUCUAGAAGCGACAGCAAAGACAAGUACAAGAGUUCCGAUAGAUCGAAACAUGACUCAAAGGAGAAGAAAAUUGAAAAGGAGAAAGCAAAACAUGAAGAGAGCAAAUCUCGGUCAAAAAGUGAACCCAGAAAAGACAAAGAAAGUGGAAGCAAGAAAGAGAAAGUUAGUGAUGGGAAGAAGGAUAAAGUUCCUGAAGUUAAAAAAGAUAAGAAAAUGGAGAACAGCAAAAGUGAACAUAAAGAUGGUGGAAGUAAAAAGGAAAAGGACUCAGUAAGUAGUAGAAAAGAGAAAGAACAUGAAAGUAGGCGAGAUAAAGACAGUGACAAGAAACAUGACAAGGAUGGUGAUAAAAAGAAAGACUCUGACAGAGACAAAUCAAAAUCUGAUGAUAGAAGUAAGUCUAAACAUGAUGACAAAACUAAGGAUCGUAAUAAAAGUGACACCAAACAUGGCAGAGAUGGUAAAGAUAAAAGUCAAAGCAAUAAAGAUGACAAACACACAAAGUCUGCUGAGAAGAAAUCUAAAAGUUCCAGUGACCAGAAAUCUAGGGAUGGUGAAAAAAAAGACAGUAAGGAGAAGAGUUCUGUGACUCAUAGGUACAACAGUGAUGAAACCGAAAGAAAAGACUCAGAUAAAAAAGGAAGAACUUCCAUGGAUCACACAGUUAGUGGAGAUGACAAGCUCUUGACUGAUGGGGACAGCAUUCAUAAGGGUAAAGAUAAAAGUAAGAAAGGACGAAGUCAAAUUAAAACACCCGAUGACUUGCAAUCUACAGAUGGUGAAAGCGAUACGCGAAGCAGGGACAGCUACAGGAAAACUAGUAAAAGACAUGAUGACCAAGCAUCAACGGAUGGCGAAAGUGAUGGUGAGAAACAGGUUAGGAAGAGUGGAUCGAAGGGUUCAACCAGGCAGCAAAGCAACGAAGAUGGGUCGGAGAACGGCGAAGGCGAGGAUGGCAGCAAGAAGAGGAAGCAGAGGCCGAAGGGCGUGCCGGACGACCACCACGCGCACCGCAGCCGGCGGGAUCACGACAGGCGGUCGGCAGAUCGCGACAGCAGCGGCGCCGGCCCUCAGCCGGGCGGUGGCCAGGCCCAGCGCCAGGGCAGGGCCAGCCGGCAGGAGUCCUCGUCGCCCCGGAAGGGUGGCAAGACUGGCGACACCAGCAGCAGUGCCACAGACGCCAUCGCAGAGAACCAGGACACUGAGGCGUCCCCAUCGUCUCUGCCGUUCAAGAAGAGGCCCCUCCAGCAGGAUGCAGAGAGCGAGGAAGGAGAGAAUGACAACUCUCGCUUGCAUGAAGGAACUGUGCUGCCUCCUUCAGGUCCGAGGGAGAUUAUGGUUGUGGACUUGGCAGAGGAGGAGGAGGAGGAGGAGGAAGAAGAAGUAAUUUCCAUAACAGCGCCAAAGCAAAUAGAGAAACAGAAACUUGGGGAAAUCGAAAAAUCACUACGCAGUGAAGUGGGUGCAUCACUGGCCAGUGACUUACCAAACUGUGACAGUAAGCGGAAUGGAAUACUGCAGGCUAUAGAUGAGGAUGAAGACAGUGAUGUUCAGUAUUUUAUGUCUUGUGAUGACAGUAUUUUUGAUGACAGAGACAGGCAGUACAUAAAUGCUCUCAGAAAGCUUAGUCAUGAAGAUUUGGUGCCAACAAAAUCUAAUGAGGAUGACAUAACUAUCUGUGCAGUGUCUCAGUGUUUCGAUGAGUUCGCUAAGACGGCAGAUGAACUUGGGAUUAAGGUAGUGAAAACGUUGCAGGACAUUCAAGUUUAUAGCACACAAGUGGAGGCACAGGAGCCGGAAAAUUCUUUGCAAGAAAUGUUGCGUAAUAGAAGAUACGUUGUCAGGUUGAGUGAUGAUGUCAAGGGAUUUAAGAAUAGUCCUAAACAAGAUAAAACUGAAGUUGAAGUUGUACAGCCAUCAGUCGAGGCACCUUCCUCUGCAGAACUGAAUAGCAAAGGUGACUCUACAAGGACAGACACGCCCCCGGACCACCAGGGGGUGUACCGGUCGGCGUCGGACGAGGACGUGAGCUGCGACGCGCCCCUCAGCAGCGACAUGAUCCUGCCGUCCUUGCAGGACCUGAUGAGGGAGAGCGGCAUGGUGCCGAGCCCCAACGCGGGCGCCCGCCCCAGCUCCUGCCGGCGGGUCGGGCUGCCUCGUCCCAGCACCAGGAAGUCAGACUCCAGUGUUAACCCUGGUGGUGCCUGCGUGGACAAGAAGAAUGGCAUGUCAAGUGACAGACGGAUGCUCAGGAGCAGCGUGGGCGACAGCCAGAGGUACAGCAGCGAGGACCUCUACAAACCUCGACCAUUGUUCAGCCACGGUUCGCGGAGGAACAGACAUAACAGCGAGGAACAAGCCUCCGAUCCCGUCGCAGUCAUCACCUCCCACCCCUCGUCACAUAACUCGGUUGUCGGUGUGCGUGAUAGACCACCGUGUUCGGACUGCGAUGCGCGCGGCGUGGGCAGGCCUGGUCGGCCAACGCCCCCGGUGGGAUCCGGCCGCGCUCCUCGGCUGUCCACACCCGUCGCCCCCUCCGCGCAGCGUCCGCACCAGGACCCGCCACCGGGAGCCGUCGUUAGCUCCCCCAGCUCACCGCCUCUUGUCCACCGCACCACGCCCCUCACGGUCUUCUUGUCUCUCCCGCGCAUCCAGCCUCGCCUCCUCGCCUGCCGCUCCGCCCAGACAAGCAGAACUCGUGCUGCACGAUGAUUUCUUCCUUGUCUUCUCAUGUUUUUUUGUAGACUGUUAAGGUGUUAGGUGAGUGUAAGUCUCCGAUCUGUGCCGUGCACAUAAAUAUAUGUCUAUUUUGAUAAUGCUGUAUGAGUGAUUUAAUAGUUGAUCUAAACUUGAUUUUGUAUCUUGGUAAUGAAGCAUUUAAUUGGAAACAUGGAUUGUAUUUGAUUUUAUAAUUCUUAUAUUUCUGUGAAUCCUUGUGCCACUUCUUCACUCAUUAAACAAUAUAUUAACUGCCCAAUUAAAGGCUUCCCAAGCGAGUGCCGGUAAACUGUGUCCUUCACUCACACUCUCGUACACUUUUACCGUCCAUCCCUCAAUGGCAAGCAGUGCAGGCUUUCCUUCGUUCUUCCUUUUGGAGGGCAGUUUGUCAGGUUGCUGUUCAGCCUUGCAAAGUAAUUGAAGGUUUCAUUGUGGAAACAGACUAAGCUGGUUGUAACCAGUCACGUUUACCGUGGUUAUUGAAGGAAGUCAAGCAAGCUUCUAUUCCUAGCAGAAACAAACCUUCUCAGUGUUCACACCUUGGCCAUGCAAUACGGAUUGAUUGUAGAUUUAAAAAAAAAAUAGGCUACUCCAACUCAUAAAAAAUGCAGUGAUAUACUUGCAACUAAAAACAAGUCAUAGAUUUGACAAUACAUUUUUUUCAAGACUACCCCCAAUAAAUAAAUCCACAGUAACAAAAGACAAAUGUACUAACUGCAAAAAGUUUUUACUAUUUUUUUAAUGGUUAUUAUAGUUAUUUUUUUUUAAAUUUCUGAACAAUAUUGAGAACACUUAGUGAAGUGCAUUAUACAGUAGUGUGAAUAUGACUAAAAUAUUUUUUUUUUUUUGUUGUGAAAGGUGCUUUGGUAGUUUUUAUCACUAGAUCAUGAUGCGUAUGGAUGUGUGUGUGUGUGUGUGAGUGUGUGAGAAAGAGUUGAAUGAUGAGUAGGACAGACACAGAUGCACAAGGCUUCCAUGCCAUACUGGGUAAACUAGAAUGCUGUGCAAGUUAGAAUAGUACUGUUUGGGUUGCACAACAAACAUUGAGCAUAAAUUUUAACAAUUGAAAGUUUAGGACUGAAUAAAGCAUAAAUAUCAGUAGAACACAAUAAUAUUUGAAGAUAAAAUAAACAUUUUAAUAGUAUGCAAGUAAAAUCAGAAUUAUUGCUUAAGGCAUUAAAAAAAGUGUGAUUCCUAAUUCCAUUACUAAUUUUGGGGAUAAAAUAUGAUGUGAACAUAUGACAAUUUUUUUUGUUUGGUAUAUUCCAUAUUUUAUCAAGCAUAAAUGUUCCAUCACCAAUUCAUUGCUGUUUAUCCUUGUCUUAAGGGUUUUGAGUGUUAAAAAACAAUCUCUGUCAACCAUUUUUGAAAAUACUUUUACAUUCUCUUUGGCCCGGUGGGAAUGGACAAUGUAACGUUCAUGAUUUACAGCCAGAAUGGCAUAUCGGUGUGGGUUCAACCAUUUUGUACAGUAUUGUACAUCAGAAAGAUGUAGACUGACAUGGCUAUCACCAUUCCUCAACUGUACAGAAAAGUAAAUUUUUGUUGUUGCAGACCACCACAACUAUUGAGUUUUGUGUUAUUUUUGUCAUCUGAGAUCAUUGGUAUCACAGUUGCUAUUAUGUACUGUCAAAAGCUUUUGUUACUAUAUUAAUAAUUAAAAUAAUUAUUUCAUAAAACUGACACCCUUCAGUAAAGUGUGUAAAAAUGAGAAAAUAUGAGUACAUUAUGUGAAUUAUGUUGUGAUUGGGGUGCAUCAGCAUUGUUACAAGUCUAAUGUGUAACAUUUUUGUAUCAUUGUGAAUGUUGUGCAAGUGAGCUUAACCUCCAGAACCAUUAAAAUAAUUUUGUUUUUCUAAAUAUGUAUUAGUAUUUCUGAGAUUUUUUUUAUAUUUUGUACAGUCAAGCAAUUAAAGUUGGUGCAUCUAGAGUUA